AUGCCAUCUAUAUCUAUACACGUCCUGUCACUGGCCCUAUGCUUAUCGUCAGGCUUUCAACAGGGCUAUAUCGCUUCAGUUCUUAAUCAGCCAUAUUUGCAAAUCGAAAACUUCAUAAACCAGUCAUGGACGGAACGAAAUGAUUCGGAAAUUAAACACGAAAUGCUAAACGUCCUAUUGUCUCUACUGAAUGUCUGCUUCCCUAUAGCUACUAUAUUUGGACAAUUUUUGGCAGCAUUUUUAUGCAAAAAAAUCGGAAGGAAAGGUACAGCACUGCUUUCCAGUGCCCUUUAUAUUCCUGGUGUAUUGCUAUGUUUCGCCUCCAAAUAUCUUCAUCCAUACUUUGAACUUCUAUACCUUGGCCGUAUACUCUGGUCGCUAGCAAAUGGUGUCAACAGUGUCAAUGCAACUGUCUGGAUUGUUGAAUGUGCACCACCAAAGAUCCGCGGGCGAAUGGCUGCCAUGCAAGAGUUUUUCAUGGCUAUUGGUUCGCUGAUAACCCAAGCAUUUGGAGUGCCAUUUUCAAACGAUGACCUCUGGCAGUUCAUCUUUUUACCUAAUGCUGCUUUCGUCCUUCUAUCAAUGGCCCUAUUCCUGGUCGUCCCCGAAUCACCUCAAUUUAUUCUGGAAAAAUCAGAAAACCGUGAAAAGGCUCGUAAGGCUUUGGCAGCUUACCAUGGCGUAGGGGUUGAAGAUGCAUCACUUGAAUCUGAAUUGAAAAUCUGUGAAGCAAGUAUCAAUAAAACAAAGGAUGCGGCUAAAGCUAAGGACGCCAAAUGUCCCAUACAGACUGAGCACGAUUCGGUUACGGUUAUUUUCAUGCCAUGGAAAGCUCGUGACGCUACUUCUCAAGUGAUCCGCCAGGCAGCUUGGCUUGGUGUGAUGGUCAAGAUUGCGUACGUGUUCACUGGAGCAAGGUGUCUUCGAGCGUUCAGCACAUUUGUCCUCUACAAUCUGGGUCGUUGGACUUACGAUGGAGCACUUUACGGAUCAUUCGUGAUCAGUUUGCUGAGAAUUCCGUUUACACUGAUUCCCGUGUUUCUUGUUGAUCGCUUAGGACGUCGGCCGUUGAUAAUCUCGUCAACGGCGGUCUCAUUACUGUCGUUGUCUCUGAUGAUUUUAGGAAUUGAUCUCGGAGAAACCUGGAAGAUUGCCACCCUCGUCGGUCUGUCGGCUCUUUUGCUAACGACUGCCUGUGGCAUCGGAUCCGUUUCCAGAUUCUAUGCUGCGGAACUGGUUCCUCGAAAUCUUCUGAUUUCUUCUGUCUCAAUUCUGACAAUGUUCGAAGCGCUCACAAAAAUCGCUGUAGAAUUCGUCUGGUAUCCAGUCGCCAAUGUGAUUGGUGCUCAAUCGCUUCUCAUGUUCCUCAUUCCCACGGCCAUUUUCCUAUUUAUCAUGUGGGCGUUCUGCCCUGAGACCAGCAAGAGAACAGUCAAUGAGGUACUGAACGACAUUGCGGUACGGAAAAAUCUGAAAGUCGUGUUCCCAUUGUAA